AGCUCCGGAGCAGCAAAAUGUUUUUGCUUUCGAAUGGAACGGACGUCUCGCGGACGAAUGUGUUUUAUUGCUGCGGAAAAUUAUCGUUUUAAAAGGGAGGCCACAGUGGAUUGCCGACAGCUAAUACUAUGUUAUGUUAGGCGGAAAAUGUGUGCCUUACGCAUUUAGUGAAUGAAAAGUGGGAAAAUAGUGGAAUACCCCAUUAGAUAUAUGGAGUUGGAAUAGAAGAAAUUCCACGGAAUACAAGUGCGUGCGAUUGCACGAGAGAGUGUGCGGUGUUAGUGUGUGUAAAAUUCACUGUAAAUAAAUAAAUAAAAAAAAAUUUGUGUACACACACGCGUAAUACAUAUACACACAUAUAUACUUAUAUAUAUAUGUGUAUACACAUCAUGUUGUGAAGUUGCGGCGCAAAAAGAAAGCACGCGAAUAAAACAUCAGAAAAAUUUAAUUACGCCUGUGUCUGGGAAAGUGCGUUGUUCUAUUUUGAAAUCGAUACCAAAAUAAAAUACAAAAAUGUAAAAUGUGACAAAGCAACAGCUACGAUGCUUCACAGAAAUAACUUAUCAAAUGAUCGAUGACGACUAAAAGCAUAAUUGAGAUUAAAGGAUAUUCGAGUGCUUGCCGCGAAGGUGUAAAAGUAAAAAUGAUAUGCGUCAACAGCGACAAAAACUUGCAAACAAAAGAUCAAGCAAGCAAUAGCAGCGGGAAGAAUAACUGCUAAUAAUAAAAUUUUAACUUAAAUUAAUAAAAUUGCUAGUCAGAAAAAAAAACAAUAGAAACCAGAGAGCAAAUCCAGAGAGAGAGGGAAGAAAAAAAGUUUUUCAAGAGAUCCGAAUUCCCAUCCAUAGUUCAUUUUCUCCCACUAACUCUAAAUCUUCUUUGCGAUUUCCCCCAAUUUUUUUUUUCGAUUUUUUUUUUGCUACCGAAGAAAGCCGUCGCCAAAAGCUAAAAAGAAAGAGCAAAGGAAACUGUUUAGAAAUACAAUAUUGAAACGUGUUAUUAAAUUUUUAACAAUUAUGAAAACUGAAAUAUGUCUGUCAUCCAUUGUUCUCGUCGAAGAGCAAAAGCGAAAUACAUAUAAAAAGAAUGAGGGAAGCAUCAUUCCAAUCGGCGUCCACUAAAAACAAACAGAACAAAAAGUAAAGUUAAAUAUUGUAUUGGGUGAUUUUUCGCUGCAGCAGCGACACGGAAGUUUGCAAGAGCGGGAGGAAAGAUGAUCACUUAGCGGGGGUGUAAUAGAAACCCAAAUAAAAAACUCGUAAAAAGCGGCAUAUUAAAAAAAGUUCAUAACAAAUAAAGGCACCAAAAUAAGUUCAAUAUGCAACGACAAGCGACGAAAAGUAAAUUAAAGCGCGAAAAAAUCAAAAUAGAAAGCGAAAUGGCAGCUACGACAACUGAUGAUGUAUUAUCAACAAUAGCAGCAGCAAAAACAAUUACAUGCGGCAGCAUUUGUGUUUUGUGUCGACAAGAAAUGUUGCUGGACUCAUGUUGCUGUCGGCAAGCAGUGGAAGCAAAUAAUAUGUCGGGAAGCAGUGUAGAAACUAACAGAAGCAGCAGCAUCAAUAAAAUAAGCAGUGAAUCCAGUGCUAGUGGCAACGAUAUUGUAAUAAAUAAUAAUGCCGCGCGUAACAGUUGCUUCAUUUUGAAAAAAAAUACCUUGCGUUUAGCAACAAUACCGACUGGUUUUGAAAGAUUUUGCAAAACUAAAGUGGAAUCAACCGGCAAAAAAAGGGGCUUGAAAUGCAGUGGAAAUCGCACCAGCGAAGAAAACGACGAAGGCAGCCUGAAAAACAAUCGACAGCAGCGCGAAAAAUUUAAUAUUUUCAGCAAUUGUCACAAUAUAUUGCGAACGCUGCAAUCUCUUUUGCUGCUUAUGUUCAAUUGUGGCAUUUUCAACAAGCGACGCCGGCGGCAGCAACAGCAGCCAAAAAAUGUAAUUUAUACAAAAUUCCUAUUGCUGUUACAAACACUGUCAGCAGCCACAACAAGACUGAGUUUAAACCCUAACAAUUACAACCAACAACAACAACUAAAACAUAAUCAACAGCUGUCAAGUGCCACACCACACCACCAACAAAAACAACAACCAGAUAAGCAAAAGCGUUUUCUCCACUUGCGCCAUUAUCAUCCUUGGAAUAGUAGUCUGAUCUGGAUAUUAGCCGUUAAUCUUUUGAUCAUUCAUGGCACAGGGUCAGUUGCGUUGCAACAGCAACCGCAGCAUCUGCCUCAAAACAAUAUAACUGAUAAAUUGAAUGCGCUAUCGGUAUCAACGCUUUCACGUCCGCCUAGGAGCCAACAAAACGAAGCUAUGCAAUUGGCACAGAAUGUAACACCUUGCAAAUCGAUAGAUAUUAGAAACCUAGCGUCUCAAUUCAGCCAGCUGGAGAACUGUACGGUCAUCGAGGGCUUUCUUCUGAUCAACUUAAUAAACGACGCCAGCCCGCUGAACAAGUCGUUUCCAAGACUAACCGAGGUGACCGAAUUUGUUGUGGUCUACCGGGUAUCCGGGCUGCACUCGUUGUCAAAGGUUUUCCCCAACCUGAGCGUCAUUAGGGGCCUAUAUCUUUUUGACGCCUAUGCCUUGGUCGUCUACUCCAAUUUGGACCUUACAGAUUUGGGGCUUAGUAAACUGCGAUCAAUAACCCGAGGUGGUGUACGAAUUGAAAAAAAUCAGAAACUAUGUUUCGCUGACACCAUCCAUUGGAAGCACAUUAUGGGAGAAGGUAACCUAACAGAGUCACAAGUUGUGAUUUUGGGGAACGCCAAGCCUGAGGAUUGCAAGGACACUAAGUGUCCGGGGAAAGUGCGAAUUGGAGAGGACCAAUAUUCCACAGCCCUCAGCGGAGAGCUGAGUGCCAGUUGUAGAGCGCUUUCGCCCAAUCAAACGCGAUAUUGCUGGGAUAGCAAAAUAUGCCAGACAAUUUGUCCAACGAACUGCCGGGACAACUGCUUUGAUGAGCACACUUGCUGCCAUAAGGACUGUCUGGGCGGCUGCAUCAGAGAUAAAAAUGGGAACCAAAGGUGCAUCGGCUGUCGAAAUGUGUCUUUCAACAAUAUCUGCCUGGAGUCCUGUCCGAAAGACUUUUAUCAAUACGACAGCCGUUGCGUAACGGCGGAGGAGUGCAUCAAGUUGAAAAAGUUUGAAUCAGGCAAAGAGAUGGCCUUGGUCCCCUAUAGGGGUCAAUGCACAAAGCGCUGCCCAAAAACUUACAAGAUGGAAAAUAAUACGUGCGUACCCUGCCCUGGUGGCAAGUGCGAGAAGGAGUGCACUUCUGGCUUAAUCGACAGUUUGGAGCGGGCGCGGGUUUUCCAUGGCUGCACCAUAAUAACAGGAGACGAUCCCCUCGUUAUCAGCAUUAAGCGUGACAGCAAAGCCCACGUCAUGGAUGAAUUGGAAUCUUCACUUUCUGCCGUCCAUAAAAUUCAAUCCUCUUUAAUGGUUCACCUUACCUACGGAUUGACAUCAUUAAAAUUCUUUAAAUCCCUGACCGAGAUUUCCGGUAACAUGUCGGGUGAAAAUAAGUUCGCGUUGUAUGUGCUGGAGAACCGAGACUUGGAGGAGAUUUGGAGUCCCAACCAAACUGUUUUUAUUAGGAAUGGUGGUGUAUUCUUUCAUUUCAAUCCAAAAUUGUGUGUUUCUACAAUCAACAAGUUGUUGCCCAUGCUGGCCUCUAAGCCAACUUACUUCGACAAGCGCGACGUAGCCACAGACUCAAACGGAAACCGCGGAUCUUGUGAGACCGCUGCUUUAAACGUCACAGUGAAAACGCUUUCGUCUAAAUUCGCCGUUGUAAUGGUCUCGUCAAAGGUGGAGAUAGGUGAUCCACUAAAACCUUCCAAUGCGACAGUUAUUUUUAAGGACUCGCGUGCCUUCAUCGGUUUCGUAUUCUACCAUAUGAUCGAUCCAUAUAAGAACGCCACCAAGAGCAAUGACGAUCCUUGUGACGAUACUUGGAAGGUAAGCUCUCCCGAAAAGAGCGGUUCCGCGAUAUUGGGCGAUUUGACGCCUUAUACAUGGUACGCCUACUACGUUCGCACUAUGGCCAUAUCCUCCGAGAGAACCAACGCUGAGAGUAAGGUUGAGCACUUCAUGACCAACGCUGACCAACCUUCGAAGGUGACGGACGUUGUGGCCACCGCCACCUCAGACUCAAAAAUUAACGUUACCUGGAGCUAUCGUGAGGCACCUAACGGCAAACUAUCACGCUUCUUUAUAAAAGCAAAACUGAUAAGCCGACCAUCAAGAAACCUUAACCGAGAUUACUGUGAUGAACCACUUGCUAAGGCUAUGGACAACGAGUUGCCGGCAACGACUCCCACCAAGAAAAUACCGGAUAUAUUGUCUGGUGACUGCAAAUGUGCGGAGGGCUCCAAGAAGACCAUAAAAAAGGACUUUGACGACCGGACCCUUCACACCGGUAUGGAGUUUGAGAACACGCUGCAGAACUUUAUAUUCGUUCCGAAAAAAAGAGAGAACAAAAAAGAAUUAACUGGCAACAAAGAUGCAGCCGAAGGUGGAGCACUUGAUUCCAAUGCUAUUCCAAACGGUGGAGCUAAGAAUUCAUCUCGCCCAAGACGAGACAUCGCCCUGGAGCCAGAGUUAAAUAAUAUGUAUGGGAGUGUACUGCUUCGCCAUGUUCGCUCCAUCACAGAUAAUCCCGACGUCAACCUCGAAAAAGGUGACGAGAAAACCUAUAAGGAUGAGGAAAGAUUGUCUACGAAUGGAAAGUUCUUUGAGGUGUUUGGAAAGGAGUUGCCGCCCAACCAAACGUCUUUCGUUUUUGAAAAUCUGCGCCACUUCACACGCUACUCCAUCUUUGUGGUAGCCUGUAGAGAAGAGACCGCCAACGAUGAGGGUAAGGGCCCGUUCUGCAGCGAAUAUGAAUCCGUAUUUCCAACGACCAAAAAGAAGGAAAAUGCUGACAACAUUCUAGACGUACAAGUUCCAAAAUUUGCGAACAACACGAAGUCCUCGGUACGGAUCAGUUGGGCACCGCCAGCCGAUCCCAAUGGGGAAAUUCUUACCUACGAAGUGGCAUACAAGCUGCAGAAGCCCGACCAAGUGGAGGAAAAAAAGUGCAUCCCAGUGGAGGACUUUAACCAGACCGUCGGAUACUAUCUAAAGCUUAACGAAGGAAAAUACAGUAUCCGGGUGCGAGCUAACUCUUUAGCUGGAUACGGAAAUUUCACGAAUGCGAGAUACACCGAAGUCGAGGCCCCGCUGAACUAUACAAAGUACUUUUUGUGGUUAUCGGGGAUCGUCGGUAUACUGUUGAUCGUCGGCCUUACGGGCUACGUCCGACACUUACGUAAGGAAGUUCCGCUCAACGACUUCCAUAUAAACACAGAAGUGAAUCCGUUCUAUGCAAGCAUGCAGUAUAUCCCCGACGAUUGGGAGGUGAUGAGGGAGAACAUAAUCCAGCUGGCUCCUCUAGGACAGGGAUCCUUUGGCAUGGUGUACAAUGGAAUUCUAAAGUCCUUUUCCGGAAAUGGCGUGGAUCGGGAGUGUGCCAUCAAGACGGUCAACGAAAACGCCACGGACCGCGAGAGAACGAAUUUCCUAAGCGAAGCAAGCGUCAUGAAGGAAUUCGACACACACCACGUUGUUCGAUUACUGGGAGUCUGCUCGAGGGGUCAACCCGCUCUGGUCGUUAUGGAGCUGAUGAAGAAGGGCGACCUCAAGUCCUAUUUGCGAGCGCAUCGGCCUGAAGAACGGGAUGCGGCCAUGAUGGCAUAUCUUCAUCGAAUCGGUGUAACUGGAAACGUACAACCUCCUACUUAUGGAAGGAUUUAUCAGAUGGCCAUUGAAAUUGCAGACGGCAUGGCAUAUUUGGCUGCCAAGAAGUUUGUGCAUCGCGAUCUUGCCGCACGCAAUUGUAUGGUGGCUGAGGAUUUGACAGUAAAAAUAGGCGACUUUGGCAUGACUCGAGAUAUUUAUGAAACGGAUUAUUAUCGCAAGGGAACCAAGGGUCUGCUACCAGUGCGGUGGAUGCCACCGGAGAGCUUGAGAGAUGGUGUCUACUCCAGUGCCAGUGAUGUGUUCAGCUUCGGAGUGGUGCUAUGGGAAAUGGCCACUUUGGCGGCGCAGCCAUACCAAGGAUAUACUAACGAGCAAGUGCUGCGGCUCGUCAUCGAUGGCGGAGUAAUGGAAAGGCCGGAAAAUUGUCCGAAAGUACUCGAUCGCCUAAUGGAAAAGUGCUGGCGUCAUAGGCCUUCGGCCCGACCCAGUUUUCUAGAUAUUAUUGCGUAUCUCGAGCAACAAUGUCCGGAUUCGAACUUUAAGGAUGUUUCCUUCUAUCAUUCGGAGAUGGGACUGCAUCACCGUGAAAAGGAGCGAAAGGAGCGUAGUCAGCUAGAUGCGUUUGCUGCGGUCCCCUUGGACCAGGAUCAGCAGGACGCCGGACAACAGGAGGAUGCGACUACACCUUUGCGGACGGAGCAGAAUUCAUCCUUAGAUCAACCGGCCGAGAGCCCAGUCGCAUUAGUAGAUGAUCACGCAACUCACUCGCCGUUCAGCCUGCAAUCGGGAUUUAUCGUAAGCAGUACUCCCGAUAAUCAAACUGCAGUGCCAACUGCGUUUCAGAAUCUAACAAGGCAAAGUGAUGAUGCAGCGGCCUACGUUCAACCAGAUCCGGCCACUUUGGUCGAAGAAAAGGGAUAUGAGACCUACGAUCCAAGUCCAAAAUGCGUGGAACUACCGACGAGCAGAAGUGGCAGCACUGGAGGCGGAGGAAAACUCAGUGGAGAGCAACAUUUGCUCCCUCGAAAAGGCCGACAGCCUAUCAUAAUGAGCAAUUCCAUGCCGGAUGAUGUCAUCGGUGGAUCUUCUCUGCAACCCUCGACGGCUUCGGUAGCCAGUUCUAAUGCAAGUUCCCAAACAGGACGCUAUCUCAAAAGAGUGGUGGCGGAUACGCUCCGAAAUCCAGCCAACAUGAUUAACCGCCAUCUGUUUAAUCACAAGCGAACGGGGAGCAAUGCCAGCCAUAAGAGCAAUGCAUCCAAUGCUCCGAGUACCAGCAGCAACUCCAAUUUGACGAGUCACCCGGUGGCCAUGGGCAAUCUAGGAACCAUCGAAAGCGGUGGGAGUGGUUCGGCAGGAAGCUUUACAGGAACACCCCGCUUCUACACACCCUCGGCAGCACCCAGCGGUGGAGGUGUCGCGAUCAGUGACAAUCCCAACUACAGAAUAUUAGACGAAUCGGUGGCCAGCGAACAAGCCACGAUACUCACUACCAGCAGUCCCAAUCCGAAUUAUGAGAUUAUGCAUCCAUCAGGAAGUCAAAUCAGCGCCAACCCAAACUAUGUGCCCAUGAAAAAGUCUCCUGUUCAGAUGGCGGGGGUAACCAUCAGCCAAAAUCCGAACUACCAGCCCAUGCAGGCACCGUUGAAUGCUCGGCAAAGUAGCUCUGAAGAGGACAACGAACAGGAGGAGGACGAUGAGGACGACGAUGAAGACGUGGACGAUGAACAUGUGGAGCACAUUAAGAUGGAGCGGAUGCCGCUAAGUCGACCCAGGCAGAAAGCGGUGCUGCGACUUGAGCCGCCUCGCAGUCGGAGUGCUAGCAAAACUAGGAAGUCGCCUACUAAUCCCAACGCUGGAGUCGGAACGACCGGAGUCGGCAACAUGUCAAACCUUCUCAAAGAGAGCUGGCUGCGGCCAGCGAGCACGCCGAGGCCUCCACCCCCCAAUGGAUUUAUCGGAAGGGAGGCAUAAUUGUUCAUAUCCGAAGUUCCGUUAAAAAACCUUUAAAUAGAUUAGCCGAAAGGACGUAUAAGUGGGAACAUUUUGAGGUAACUCAAGCUUCCUUGACUUUGACUCUUCCCUAUGCCUGAAAACUAGGGUGGGGAUAUUUUGAACUGAAGAAAAAAUGUACAAAAAUCUAGAGUCGGAAAGCAAUAUAUUGUUACUUUUUAGCAAUGAAGCCUCAAAACAAAGUUUUUUAAGCAAUAAUUGUAUUGGUUAAAUCAUUAUCUAAUAAUAAUAAUAAUAAGGAUAAUACAUUUUUUAUUGUGAAUUCUCUUUAAAUAUUUUUUACCUAUUUUGGAGUUCCUUCAAUCUUCUUUGCCUUUCAACAUAAUUGAAAAAAUUGAAUUAAAUAGAAUUAUAUUUUUCUCAUCCUUGUUUGAGGUUUUUGUAAGCGGUUAUAUAAAAAGAAAUACAAGUUAUUAACCACGGGUAAAUUGCUAAGAACCAGACAAAGAUUGCGUACCGUAAACUGGACUCUUUGUUCAAAACAUCGAACCACCCUGACCGCACAUGUAUAUUAAUUUCGAUUAAGCCUAUUUAUGUUAAUGUAUUCGUUUAGUAUUUACUAUACAUUUUUUGUUUGUUUAUAUGAAUGAAGAAGAACUGUUAACGCAAUACAAAACGAGCAGAGAACGAUAGUAAAAGCAGAUAACGAAAGAAAACGAUAAAAACACAAGCAAAACAAGUCCUACAUGCAAAUAACAAAAGUACAAAAGCCAACAACCAACCAACCUAAGUACCGUUUAAAUAGACAUAUAAAUUCUACCAAUUAUAACUUAUAACUCAUACCUACUACGUAUAUUAAUUUUGAUCAUUUUUAUCUAAACCGUAAAGAGGAAAGCGAAAGUAAAAGAAGAAAAACAACAGAAAGCAACGGAACGGAACAACAGCAAAAACAGAAAUAGUGUAACUAUAAAACAGCAAACAAGCAAUACAAAAACUGAACAACUGUCUUCACUGAGUUAGCUAGCGAUAGUUUUAGUAAUCUAUAUUCCUAGGUACACAUUACUUUAUUUAAAUGUACUCAGAUAAUUUUUAACAAUGUCUUUCAAUUUUAGCACGUUUACACCACCUGAUUUUUUUUUAUAAUUAUUUCUACAUACAUUAAAAGCAAGUUUUAUGUUUUGCUUGAUUGUUCAUAUUUUACUUAUAAUUUCUUUUCUUUGUAUGAAUAAUUUUAAUAUUUAUUUUAAACCCGCCCCUGUAAAUAGAAAUUGUAAAUGAAGCAAGUCGUAUAGGGUAGCAGGCAAAAGUUUGAUCUGCUCUGGUAUAUCUGCAUCACUAUUGACCAUAAACCAGAAUCAAACAAAUUCUAUUUGUAUCUAAAACAAUAUUCGCUGAAGCCAAGCUUUGAAAAAGGAUUUAAAAAGUAAGAGGAAACCAUAACGUAAUUUCAAACCAAGAGCUUAAGUAACUGAUGCAUCAUAAUUAUUGUAUACAAUCUGCUGUCGUUUUUUAUACAACACUUGAUAUAUAUGAAGCAAAGUCAUUUUGUGUACUAACUUAGAUAAAAAAAUCUAAACAAAACAAAAAAUCCAUAGGACCGUACCACAUUUUUCACUAGACAUAAACAAUCUGCCAUACCCCGUUAACUCAAAUAUGAAAAAGAACUCGGACCGAUUUUGUUUUUUUUUUGUAAAUUGAAUUAUUCAACAAUAGCGCAUAGGCAAAACAAUAGACAAAUUAUAUACCACAUAUAUUUACACAUAAUUAGGAACUGAACGUGAUAUGUUUGCUGAGUGUACUAUCCUGACAGUUCUCCGAUUUCUAGCAGAGAAACGGAACUCAAAGUCCAAUCUAGUUUCAUGAACUAACAACAAAAGAACACAACAUUCUCUGAAAUAAGCAAUAACCCACUUUAGCAACAACAAUAACAUUUAUAUUGUCGACAACAACUGCAACAAAUGGAAUUUUUAAACGAAAAACAACUACAACAAAAGUAUUCGAUAUUUGCCUUCGCUCUUUAUAUUAUUAUAUAUUAAACUAUACAAACACAUAUAUUUAAAGACUAAAUGAAACAAGGAAAAGCAGAAACAAACAAAAACUCACGCAUCUGCAACGUUUUUUGUUUUUAUUUGAUAAAUGCAUAGCGAAAACAAGGAAACUAAAUAUUUAAAUGAAUUAUACAAGUUACUUAGAUCGUAGGCCUUGUAAGAAAAAUAGUGGGCGAGAGUUAUGUAGAGCAGUAAGCCGGAGGAACCUUGAACUAAUUUUGAUACAUAAAGUAAAAAGGAAGAAAAAAACUAGUGCUAAUUAUAUAAACAAAACUGGGAAGCAAGCGAUAUUUACACUGAAACUGAAGUAAAAAUUAUAAAAAAAAACACAAAAACAAAACCAUUAUAUUAAUUUAACUAUGUAAUACGCUAUAUGCAUAACGAAACAAUAGAUACGCUACACAAAUACCCAUGCACACAGACACCCAUACACACACGCAUUACACACACACCACAUACACUAAAAAGACUGAAAGAUAUAGUUCCUUUUGUUUUUAUGUACAUAAAAAAUGCGAAAAGAAAAAAGAGAAAUUCUAACGAAAAUUGUAAACUUAAAAAGAUGCAAAUAAGGGGGAAACGCGUAAAAACAAUUGAUGGAAUUAUACAUUAAACGAUUAAAUUUAAAUAAAACAACAAAUCAGCAGAAAAGCAUUAUGCGACAUUACGUAACAUGUAUAUUUAGUAGUCAAAUUAACUAAAUUUGUUGUAACAGAGUGGAAUAUGAGCGCUUUCGAGACAACGCCAAAUAUCAACUACUUAUAUAGCGAUAUAUAAUAAGGAUUGUUGGCUAUGGGUCGCGGCCGCUCCUCGCUGCUUUUUUGUAUAUACAUGCGAACAUCUAUUUAAAAUAAUACCAUUUAAACAAAUUAUUGUAAACUUAAUACACAUAAUCAUUAUAAACACAAUAGAAAAGGAUAAAAAAACAUAAAGCUUCAAUAUUUUAAUUAUAAAAAUAAUGCUAAGUUAACUGUUUCCUGUUUGUUUAAGCAAAAAACAUUAUAAUAAAAAGGAAAUUUAAAUAAAAGCAAAAGCUACAAGUAACAAAUAUAAUUGAUUCGCAUGUUUCUAGCUCACCAGAAACAUUGGGAAUAGAAUAUAGGUA